AUGCUUUGCAGCGUCAGCGUCGCCGCGGGAAGGACCGAACGAGGCUCGGCGUUGUCGAGGUUUCGUCGCAAGGGGAUCUGCAACGGCGGCAAUGACGGCGCUGACGGCAAGUACAGCCUCGAGGAUUGGAACAGCAACAAGAACAGCGGCUUGAGCGGCGCAAAGUGA